AUGGGGGUGGAGGGGAAGGCUUCCGCUAAGGUGCUUGGUUCUUCCGAGGAAGCUAAGGCCAAGCUGGGGCGAGGCCCUCACUUUAGCCAGCAACUAGCACCGCACCUGGCAGCCGCCAGCCCAGCACUUAUCUGCACCACGACGUCCUGCUCCAAGCUCACCUGCAUCUACUUGCCCCUCAUCUUGCACAAUGAUGAGGUGACCAUCAUAAGCCUGGCUAACGUCAACAAGGGGAGCCUCAUCUGCAAUGUUGGGGCUGGUGGACCCGCACCAGCAGCCGGCGCUGCACCAGCGGGAGGACCUGCCCUUGCCACUGCUGCCUCAGCUGAGGAGAAGAAAGUGGAAGCAAAGAAAGAAGAAUGUAAGCGAUCCAAUAAUGCUGCCAUGGGCUUUGGUCUUUUUGACUAA